AUGUGUCAUUCUUGGAACAAAGACAAUCCAUUUGUCAACUUUGGAGGCAUAGCGACUAUACCACGUGCGACAAGGGAAGAUUAUUCCAGAAAGCCGAUGCAAUUCAUCCUGGGUUACUUCGACGGCGAAGAUGUGAAGUUGUGGUCCCGUAGCAUACUUGGAAGGGUGUUGCGGCAGAAAGCGAUUGAUGAGAUCGUCGAUACACUUAUCGUGCAAGCUGGUGGCGUGUUGCAACCAACACCAAAAAUCAAGGAGAAAAGAGCGACGAAGUGGCGGAGACAGGAAGAGAGGGACGAGGACGAAGGGUAA